AUGUUUACUGUAUUACACAAUUGUUGUGAGAAAAUAAAAGCCUCCUAUCCGGAAAUUGAUUUGAUGAUUGCUACUGUACAAGCAGCAAUUAACAAGAACAAUACAAGAAAACGAAUAUUUAAAGACAGAAACAUCGCCAUUCCACCUCGUGUGCAUUUGACAAGAUGGGGGAGUUGGCUUAAGGCCGCUACUUACUAUUCAGAAAAUCUGAUCGGAGUACAAAAUAUUUUCGAAUCAUUCGCGGAUGAUGGAUAUCUAGUUCGAACAGCCAAAGAAAGUCUUCGAAACCAUGUAUUAGUGAGCAGUCUAUGUGACCUUAUCCGAAGCUAUUCAAACAUUCCAGGUUUUCGAAUAAGUAAUUCAAUAACACCCUCAACCCAAUUUUGGUAUUUGGACAACCUGCCAUUUGGAGAUUUGGAUCCCGAUAAUAAAUAUAUCAUUUCAACACGUGUCAGAGUUGGAAGAUCUCUUGAAGGCAGACCAUUCCCGCCUCUUUUGUCAAAGCAGGAUAGACUUGAUAUGGAGAACGUUGUUAAGAAGGUUUUUAGUCAAUUUACUGGCGACCAUGCAGGGACAUACUAUGCUUUGUCCAAUAUGAGUAAAGAAGUCGAAAAGCAAUUAGUCGAGGAUCACUUUUCUUUCAAGACGACAAUAGGUGUGUUUAUACAAUUUUUUUGAUUUCUACGGACUGCCUGUGGAUAUAACCAUUGGCCUGCCGGACGUGGAAUCUAUCAUAAUGAUUCCAAGACAUUUCUGAUCUGGGUCAAUGAGGAAGAUCAUUUGAGAAUAAUUUCUAUGCAGAAGGGAGGGAAUCUUUCAGAAGUUUACAGGAGACUGAUAGAGGCUUGCUUAUUUAUAUAA